AUGGCUCAAUAUACAUGUCAACGGUGCAAGCUCCCGUUGGUCAUUGACGAGUCUCUGCAGGGCUUGAGCAAUGCCCAGAAGCAUCUACUCACACUCAGCUAUGGCCAACGGCCUAACGAGGACCAUCCAAAGGAUUUGGAUGAGUAUCCUGUUCUUCCUCCAGAACGGGUCACGUUGUUUGAAGAGGCUUCGAAAACCAGCGGCACCAAGCCACUCGUUUCCAGCAAGGGAUCCGACGCGUUGCACAUUGACGAUGGGUCAUUUGUGAUUUUGGAAGACAAAAAACAGCCCUCGAUGGAUAAAGUAUCGGUCAGCGAGCGAGUGGCGUCCUUAGACAAUAUCUUCAGCAUUCUCUCCUCCAAAUAUGAGAUUGACUAUCCGGUCUGUACAGACUGUGCAUCCACACUAAUUGACGAGCUGAAGCAGCAGUUUGAGCAAAUGACAAAGGAAAAAGACACAUACGUGCAAUUUCUCAAGAAACUAACAGCACAGAGCGGCCCAAAUAGAAAAAAGGCACAGGACUCGUUGAACGAGCUUGCAGUCCUAAAAGAGGAGGAGACAAAGCUUCUUGGAGAGUUGGAAAAGGCAGAGAAGGAACAGGAGCAAUUAACACAGGAAUUGGUAGAAGUCGAGCAAGAAUUAGAGCAUUUAGACAACCAGGAAAAGGAAUUCUGUCUACAAAAGAACGUGUACGAUCUUGAGCUGAUUGAAUUUGUGAACGAGCGAGAACGCAUCAAAGCGUCGUACGAAUACAAUCUAAACCGAUUAGACUCUUUGCGCAAAACCAACGUAUUCAACGACGUCUUCAUGAUUUCGCAUGACGAUCAGUUUGGCACCAUAAAUGGCCUCCGACUCGGAAACCUCGAUAACGUCAAGGUAUCGUGGCACGAGAUUAACGCGGCUCUGGGUCAACUUGCGCUUUUGUUGGCCACUGUUGUGCGCAUUCUGGAUUUCCAGCUGGACGGAUACCGUAUUAUUCCUAUGGGGUCGACGUCGCGGAUCGAAAAAUACAGAAAAGAUCGAAACGGAACAAUAUCCAAGCAAACACUGGACUUGUUUAGCAAUGGAGAGUUCUCCAUAGGGAAGAUUUUCACCCACAACCAGCUGGAUGCAGGAAUGGUUGCCCUGGUUGACAUAGUCUCACAAAUUGGACGCAAGCUUAAACAGCUAGACGAGUCAAAUGACUUGCCGUACAAAAUGACGGAAGACAAGGUUGCUGGGUAUCCCAUCAGACCUUCUGCGCGCAGUUCCAAUGAGGAGUGGACCUCUGCGUGUCGCUAUCUCCUCACCAACGCCAAGUGGAUACUCACUUAUUGCAUAGCUCGUACCUAA